CUCAUCUCCCGGUCUCAACUCCCACCCACGUCGUACGCUCGCCAUGUUUGAGCGCACGCUGCAGGACCUUAUUCGUGGCCUGCGCGCGCACAAGGCGUCGUCGCGCGCGCAGGAGGAGGCCUUUCUCGCCGAGGCCAUGGCUGAGAUCCGCACCGAGCUUCGCGGCAAGGACAUGAGUCUCAAGGCCGAGGCCGUUUUGAAGAUGUGCUAUCUCAUGAUGCUCUACCCCACACCGCCGCCAACCGGAUUCGCAUUCCAUGUCGUCGAGGUCAUGAGCUCGCCGCGGUAUCAUCAAAAGCAACUCGGCUACAUGGCUGCGCCGAUGGCAUUCACGGGCGAGACCGAGGAAGUCGUCCUCACCGUGAAUGGGAUCAAGAAGGACCUGAUGAGCCCGCACCUUCCCAUCCCGCCGCUUCCGCUCAGCUCACUCGCGCACCUCCUCGGCCUCUCUCCCUCGCUCGCACACACACUCCACCCCGACCUGCUGCAGCUACUCACACACUCGAGCGCGCGUAUCCGCAAGCGCGCCGUCCUCUGCCUCCUUCCUUGUUGGGAGGCAUACCCCGACGGGCUGCGCGAGGGCUUUCCCCGUGUCCGCGAGCGCCUUCUCGACGAAGAUCAGGGCGUCGUUGGCGCCACCGUAAACGUCGUCAUGGAGCUCGCGCGACGGCAGGGCGGGAAGAACUACGUCCCCCUCGCGCCCGAGUUAUUCUCGAUCCUCACCAGCUCGAGCAACAACUGGAUGCUCAUCAAGGUCGUCAAGCUUUUUGCUAUUCUCACACCCCUCGAGCCCCGCCUUGUGCGCAAGCUUCUUCCACCACUCACCAGCCUCAUCUCCUCCACCUCCGCCAUUUCGCUGCUUUACGAGUGCGUGCGCACAUGUAUUGUGGGUGGCAUGCUCGAUCCCGAUAGACCAGAAGGCGACGCGCUUGCCCGCGUUUGCGUCGACAAGCUGGGCGGCUAUCUACGCGAUGAGGGCGGCGACCAAAAUCUCCGCUACAUUGCGCUUCUGGCAAUGGUCAACAUUACACCCACACAUCCUAACAUGGUCGCCGAGUACCAAGACGAGAUCAUGCAAAGUCUCGACGACGCCGACUUGUCAAUUCGCAUGCGAGCGCUCGAGCUGAUCACCGCAAUGGUGGAUCGCGAGAACAUCCAACCUAUUGUCGACCAGCUCCUCACGCACCUCGCACCACCAGAAGAGCCAGUACAGCAGUCGGCCGUCAGCGCUCUCGCUGCCGUGGCGGCGAAGGCGAACGGUGCCAAAAGUGACCCCGCGGUGACUGCGCAGAAUAUCUCCUUCUCGCACAGCUACCGACUGCUGUUAACACAGCGACUGCUCGACAUUAUCUCGCGUGACACGUACGCAAACGUUACCGACUUUGAGUGGGUCGUCUCGGUACUUGUCGACGUUGCGUACGUUUCGCGCGUCGACCUCGGGUCACGAAUUCGAGACAUGCUUCUCGAUGUCGUGGGCCGCGUCAAGAGCGUGCGUGGGUACGCGGUACGAGUGCUGGAGAAGGCAGUGGGCGACGAUGACCUCCGUGACCGCGCCAAUGAGAGCCCAUCUGGCUGCGAAGCCGGCCUGCUGGAAGCGGCUGUCUGGAUCUGUGGCGAGUACGCCAGCGAGCUUGGAUCCUCGCUAAGCGCCAUGUCCAACAUUCUUCCACCAUCACUACCCCGGAGCGCUCCCUCCCUAGCUGUGCUCUCCGUCCAUGCCGAAGCCAAAGUGUUCGCGCACUACGCCGCGCGAGCAUCUGAGGAAUGGUCUAAGGAGAAGCACGCCGAGGCCAAGAAUGUGGUUGCGAGUGUUCGCAAGGGGCUUGCCCCAUUCCUCUCCUCUUCCGAUAUCGAUAUCCAGGAACGCGCAUUCGAGCUUACUCAACUUUUAGCGUUUGUUGAUGCGGAUUUGGCUAAGCACGUGCCACCGUCGCGGGCGUCGUCCGGCAUCCCUGGCGUGGACGGUGGCUUCGAGAACGAGUCGAAGGAAGGGGAACCGCCAUAUCCCAAAUCGCUCUUCCUCUUCCAGCCUCUUUUUACAGGGCACGAGCUGAACUCGGUCGGCUAUCGCGCGCAGGAGGCCGUGCGCAUCCCCGAGGGCCUCGACCUCGAAGCUGAAAUUGUGCCACGGGGUGGUUUCCUCGAAAUUGAAGAAGACGCUGCUUCCGAGGAAGAGGAGGCAGAGCGUGAGGUUGACCUCGGCACGGGUGGUGGCGCCGGCAUGGACGAGCUUCGUCGCGUACUGCGUGAUCAGGAGCGCGCUCGGCGCGGCAAGAAGAAGAAGAGCGAUAUGACGCCCGAGGAGCGGGCGGAACGACGGAAGCGCAAGGCGGCACGGCGGGAGCGCGCUAAGAACGACCCCUAUUACUUGUAUGACGAGAAGGACGCAGACGCAGAUGACGAUGUGGACGACAUCCCCAUCGUGCGCCUUGACGAUGACUUGAAAGCGGCUGGGCCAUCAAGUCGUGCGUAUACGCUCGACCAACCUGACAGCAGCACCAAAGAAGACUAGGCUCAAGCGCACGCCCAAGACUGCCGCGCCACCAAUAGACUUUGACCGAGCCGGCGAGAUGCCUGAGGGCGCAGCGCCCGUCCCCACCGCACAAGCGACUGCUGCCAAGUCGGGCCUCGCGGCCAUCGACCUCUCCGCGCCCGUGACGCCGCACGGGCGGUACGAGGAGUACACAGAGGGCGAUGGCCUGCCGCCGCGAGAGCCAGCCCCGUCUCCGCCACAGGGCGCGGCCCCGGGGGCGGAUGUGCCCGCCGACGAGGUCGAGGUGAAGGUGAUUAAGCGGAAGAAGAAGAGCAAGAAGCCACGCGCGGUGGCAUGAUGAUGUCUGGCCCCGCUAUGUAGAAGGGCGGAGGGCGUCGAGUAUGGCCGCGCAGGCGAGGGCGCAGAUGCAUCAGCAACGGUGUUAGUAGUUGGGCCGUUGUCGGGGAUGCAUAACUCAUUUACUUUGC